AUGGUUGAAGACGACGGUCGUAGAACAACUAUCGUUCACGAGGAUCCCUUUAAAGAUUAUGGUGGAGAUGGAAUUAAAUAUAGUUCUUAUCUUGAAACUAAUCAAAGUUUUGAUACUCGAAAUGCGGCUUUUGAAUGGGCUAACGAUAUUGCAAUUCUACAUGGUUUUGAAAUUAUUACAAUAUCCCAUAAGAAAAAUGGUGGAGGCACCUUACGUCUUUACUUUAAAGGCAAGCGUGGUGGCCAAUAUAAAAGUACUUGCAAAUAUUUGGAAAUGGCCAAUCGUGAAAAUACGAAAACAAAAGCAUGCAAAUGUCCUUUCACAAUUAAAGCUACUGAAGUAUCAGGGAGUUAUCAAUGGAUUAUAUCGACAUAUUCAGAUGUACGUGGAACACAUAACCAUAAAUUAGAGGUGUAUAAAUGUAGGGGAAUAUAG